CAAACAUACGGAAGGCUGAGAGGAUGGACGCAAUCUCCUCCAGUGCUGACAGAGUACUAGGAUUCGAUGGAGUUUCUGUUUGGGACCUGAGGAUGCUGAGCCAUCUCUCUUCCAUCAAAAGCAGGAGCCAACAUCUCAGAUGUGAAAUCUAAGGUGGGGGCCCCUGGAUGAGAUAACAUUGUUACUCAAGAUCCCUUGGGGCCAGAGAAGGGGUCCCAGUGGCUACUUACACCUGCUGUGACCAGCAAACUCAGCCAAACCAAAAGCCACACUCCACCCACCCCCGACAGCCAGGCCAGCUCCAGGCAGAGAGCAGUUCUACCAGAUGCCACUGCAGGUGACCUCAGCAAAGGCGGGGUGAGAAGGACGAAGUGGGGAGGACUGCUUCCUCCCCUAAGUUGCUCGGGCCUCCCUGGGGCUGCAGGUGUUAAUCUGGGGGGUCCCUGGGCCCUGAUCUUCUUGGGUUCCAGCAGCAGAAACAUGAGGUUUGGGAGCCUCUUCCUCCUGGUGGUGCUCCUGGCUGUGGGGACCCAGCUGCCUGCUGCCUCUGGCCGGAAGAAGGGAGAGAAAGCAGGGGGCUGCCCGCCAGAUGAUGGGCCCUGCCUCCUGUCGGUGCCUGACCAGUGCAAGGAUGACAGCCAGUGUCCCUCAACCAUGAAGUGCUGCUACCAAGCUUGCUUCCGCCACUGCGUCCCCCGGGUCUCGGUGAAACAGGGCAGCUGCCCUGAGGACCGGCUGCAGUGCCUGAGCCCCACGAAGCACCUGUGUCACCAGGACUCGGACUGCUCGGGCAAGAAGCGGUGCUGCCACAGCGCCUGCGGCCGGGAUUGCCGAGAUCCUGCCACAGGCUAGUUCUGGUUUAGGAUCCAUGGCUCUGCAUGCAGGUGGGAGCGGCAGAAAGAGUUGCUGAUGGGAAUCCUGGGGCCUCCCAGACAGCGCCAUCCCUGCCAGCAGCAGUUCCAGCCUUCUGAUAGACACUGGCCUGCCAUCAGUUCCCUGCAACCCCGCCACUGCAGGCCUCUGCAACCCCCCGGUACCCUGCACACUGCCACACUGAGCUGCCCACCCUUCCUAGCACCCAUUUUCACCUCUCUCUGCACACGUUGUUUCCUCCACCUAAAAUGCCCAAUUCUUGCAGGCUCCUCUUUGUGGAGUCCUAACCCCACCCUCAGGCAGCCCAACUACCCAGAACGUAUGUUCUAGCAGAGUUUUCCAAACAUCAGUCCAUUCAUAUACACUUCUUUCAUGAUUUUCACCAUAUCUGCAAACCAGUGUUAUGAUAUGUUGCAUGCUGCCUGUACUACUAUUUACUCACGUUUUUCUUUAAAUGACUCACUUUUGUAUAUAAAUAAACUUAUUUAAAAAGAAAA